CUGCGUUGACGAUCAACAGUUGUUGUUUACCAGUGUGUUAGUGCAGUUCACAGAACCGGUCGUUAAGUUCUUCAUUUAUUUCAUAAUUAAAUAAUAAUACUUUUAUUGUUGUUUGUGCGCAUACAAAAAGUGUAGCAUAUAUUUUUUUUUUGUUUGUUAAUUGUUUGUGAGCAAGACCAAAGAGAAACGAAAAUCCUCCAAAAUGGGAUUUGGAACGACAACCGUUAAAUACCUGCUGUUCUUUUUCAAUUUCAUUUUCGCCCUGUCCGGUUUGGCGUUUCUGGCCUACGGUCUGAUCAUCAGAUAUUAUUCGUCCAAGACGGAUAACCUGGCAAACCAAGCAGCCGGCGAUUCUGCCGGAUUGGUCGCUUUGGCUUUAAUCAUCAUUGGCAGCGCCGUGUUUGUCAUAUCGUUCUUCGGGUGUUGCGGAGCCAUCAGGGAGAGUCAUUGCAUGGUCACCGUCUACGCCAUGUUCCUGUUGACUUUGUUCCUCGUCGAGUUGGCAAUCGUGGUUUAUCUGUACAUCAACCAAGGUAAACUGGAAGAGAUCACCCGGUCAUCGAUGACGUCCAUAUUCAACAGCUACUCGACCAAGAACGAAUCGAAAGCCUUUGUUGACGAAAUGCAAGCCGAUUUCCAUUGUUGUGGCGUGGACAGCCCGAGUGACUGGACAACCCAAGGAAUCCCGGCUCUGCCACACUCCUGUUGCCGGGAAGACGGAGGACAGGGCACGACUUGCUCAAAGACUCAAGCUUGGCAGGACGGAUGCAUGUCGAAGACCAUUGAAGUGGCCAAGAGGGAAGGAUCCAAGUUGUUUAAAUUCGUGUUGGGAAUAGCCGGUGGUGAAUUGGUCGGUAUCAUAUUUGCUCUGUGUUUGGCGAGUAGCAUAAAGAACGAGGAACGCAGACAAGGCUAUGCUUAAGUAUUCGCUGGAAUCAUAGUUUUCUGUCACAUUUCAUUCACGUCCCAAACGUUAAUAAUAAUAAUAAUAAUAUUAUUAAGUACACAAGACUAUACCCGUUUCUCUGUUUUGGUUUUCUCCUACACAUAAGUCUACAACGAUACACAAUCGCCGGACAAUUUCACAAAUACAUUUUAUAUCAUUAUUUGUUUGUAUAAUUUAUAGAAAUGAUAAUUAUUUAUAUUUAUAGUGUAUAAGUUAACGAUAAUCGUGUUGUGUGUACAAUACAGGCAUUUAGUUGAGUGUUUUUCUUUUUAUAUAAAAAAAUUCUAGCACUAAAAAUUCUAGUGUUGGCAAGUUGAAUAUAAUAUUUUAUAAGUAUAUAACGUUACAAUUUAUUAUUAUUAUUUUAUAUAUUUCUAUAUUAAAUUAUUAUCAUUAUUAUUGUACAGAUAGAAAACAACAACACUGAACUAGUAUAAAUUCAUUAUUUUGUUGUUAAAUCUAAUGAUAAUAUAAGUUAUGUACAAUUCGCACGUGUCCUCGUCCGUUUGUUGGCGACCGUGUAGCUUUUAUUUUUGUUUUUGUCACUUAAUUUUAAAGCUUUAAGUUUGUUUAGCUUGAUUUAAAAAUAAAAAAAAUCUAUAACCUUAUAUAGUUAUAA